AUGCCACGUCUUGGAUGUGAUAACCAUGUAGAAAAACCGUUAAAGAGCGUUGUCGACCGAGUGUACGAUCUUCGAAAUCGUGUUCGAUGGCUAAAAAAUGUCGAGUAUUGCUUGUUGGGUGAUCAAACUGAUCGACUGACAAAAAUCAAAGGCGAACGACAUGAUAUGGAGACAAAGAAUAAUGAUUUACGUAAAAACCUAAAAACGUCUGAAAAGGUACAGAUUAAUUCGUUUGGAAAAGACAUUAGUAUUGUCGAAGGCAUAAAAUAUGUUAGCGAGAAAGAAACUCAACUUGUUCAUCAGCAUGAUCAGCUAUUAUUGAUCGAAAAAUGUUUACUUCAUCGUCUCGAAUCUCUGCAAGAUGAAAAUUGUACUAAUACGAAAAAUGAUCGUUUGAUUUCACCACCGUCGAAACAAACUGAAGAUUUGGAUCUAUUACGAAAGGAACUGCCAAACAUGCAAAAAGAUAUUGGACAGAAAUUUGACCAGAGAAUCAUUCUUAAGAAAGAAUUUACGGAUAUCGUUGCUGAAAAUAAACGCCGUUUGAAAAUCUAUCAACAGCUAUUAGCUCAAACAGAAAUCCAAAGUCGGCAACGACGUGUUAUUCACGAGCAAGCCAUGACUUCCAUUACUGAACAAUUGGAAGAACAAUACCAGGCUCAAAUGAUAUCCACGAACAAUAUGACAACAGUAUUCGAUUCGCGAAGAUUAACUAGUACAGGCGAUCCGCAACAAAAUAUUGAACAACAAAACUCAAACUUUAUGGAUAGUGAUGAAAUUAUCCAAAUCCGCUGCAUGUACGAUCAAUUCUACAAUAUUAUCAUGGCUGGACUACCGAUCGAUAUCGAUCAUUCGAAACAAUUGAAGAGUAUGGCUAGUGAAACAUCGUCCAAAACGGUCGCCAUGUUAACGAUGACAAAUCGAAUGAUCGAAGAAAAAGAGCAAAUUACUCAACAGAUCAAUCGAACAGACAAGCUUUUGAAACUAAUCGAAAUGUCCAUCGAUUGUAAAAAUGAUAUUCGACAUCAAAUCUUGAAUACCAUGAAUGAACAGCGUCAAAAAUUAGAAGUACUUUAUACAAAUGAUUCCAUCGAAGAACAAAAUCGCAUUGUACGUCAUAUUAAUGACUUUGUUAUGGUGCUAUCUAAAGCUCUCUGUAAACAUCUGGGCACUCAAAUUCUUACUGAACCACCCGUUCCUUUCAUUGAACGUCUUCAAUAUGUAUUUGAUAUCAUAUCCAAAACAGUGAAACAUAUGGCAGAUGACGAGGAUCAUGAGACGCUAUCUAGCGUUCUCCGCUAUGGUGAUGAUGCAGGUUCACGUAAUGACUUCUAG